UGUAGGUCGGGCACGCGCUACAAGGAUUCGCAUGCCUACUAAUCUCCCCAAGGCCUGCAACCCCAGAAACGAAAAGUCGCCAUUUGUUACUUUGUUACUGAAAGCGCAAUUCCUAGAGUAUAUCGAUAACUCAUACGCGUUAUCUAAACCCAGCGUUUGUCCUAACCGUUAGUCGUCCUCCUGGUAGUAACUAGCAGCCUACCUGAAUAGCGUUAGCGCUUGGAUUGGUCAGUGCUUCUAUCUCGGUAGACAGGCCCGCGCCUUCAGCCUGAAGUGGGCUUCUGUUCUACAACGGCUGCAAACCAUGACGGCGUCCCCCGCAUCCCUGCUGCUGCUGUUAAGCAGUUACCUGACGCUUAGCACCGCCCAGGACGUAUGUAACACAUACGCCUGGGAUUCACAAGCGUUGGGUGGAUACUGCACCACGUCGGGCCAGGCAACAUACCGUUCUCCAGCGUGCAGCAUUUACCGCUUAUGCCACGACGCAAGCUCCGGAUUGGGUCCGCAGCUAUGUGAUACGGGCCGCGUAUUUAUCUCACUCUGUGCCGACAAUCCUGACUUGCCUGAGUGCAAAACGUUCCAGCAAAGGUUCAAUUCCUCCGCGGAUUACCUCAGCUGCAUGAACACCCGGGCGGUCAAGGUGUACAGCACCAGUGCCGCCGAGGCCUUCCUGGUCGACUCCUGCUCUCCAGGGCACCAGAUGGCCGGCUGCAACCUGUGCAACGCCACCGCAUGUGACACGCCGGACCCGCUGCUCGCCUACUCCGCCGGCUGUCUCGACAUGCUCAUGUCCGGCUGCAAGCCCUGGAUCUCCUUCUGCACCCAGGAGACACCCGCUCUAGCACAGGCGCUGUGCCUGGCUCCCCAGGGCCGCACCACCACCGCCACCUCGCCGCCACCCCCCGCCUCUUCCCUCUCCGUCAAUGUCAGCGCCGAUCCCUGUGUGUUGGACCCCACGCAGCCCGCCUGCGCCUCCUACACCUACCCCGACAGUGCGGCGCAGGCGGGCAUCGACAAGCUGUGCGGCUCCAUGCCUGAUAUGCCGGGCUGCGCGCUGCAGGCGGCAUGCGGAAAGGGUCAGGGCCUGGUCGCCGCCAAGUACUGCGCGCCCUUCGUGGUGCUGGCCACGCUGUGCCACGACAUGCCGGGCAUGCGCGGCUGCGAGGACUACAAGGCGCUGUGCAACCGGGCCGGCAGCGUCGUCAAGCAGUGCAGCGACCAGCCGGCAGUGCCGGGGCUGCCCACCUGGUCCCAGGCGCGCAAGGCCGUCUUCUCCGCCUGCGACGACCACCCCAUGGCGGGCUGCGCCACCUGCUCCUCCUCCGACUGCCCCGACCCGCUGGCCUCGCUGGCGGACAUCUGCCACGAAAUGCCCAACAUGGCGGUGUGCGCGGGCUUCUGGGCCUUUUGCAACGCGGCGGGCGCGCAGGACGUGGCGCAGUGGUGCGCGGAGGAUGACAGCAAGUACCUUCCCUCCAUGCUCAUGUACUUCCACCAGCGGACCCAGGAGCUGCUGCUGUGGAGGCAGUGGCGCCCGCGGACGCAAGGUCAGUACGUGGGUAGCAUCAUCGCCAUUGUGGCCAUGGGCAUUGCGGCCACCGGUCUGAAGACGCUCAAGGGCGCUCUGGCGCUGCGUUGGAGCCACCUGCGCGCGCUGAGCGGCGAGGAGGAGCCGCAGGUGGUCAGCGUAUGGCUGCCGCGGGGCGGACAGGCGGGGGAGAUACUGGCCAAGUCGGCCAUCACAGGCAUCAGCCUCACGCUCGACUAUUUCAACAUGCUCAUAGCCAUGACCUUCAACGUGGGAUUCUUCUGCGCCGUCAUUGCGGGCUACAUCGCGG